AUGAGCUCAAGAGAUACUGAGAUAAAGAAUGGUAUGUCUGGCGUUCCCGCAGCCGAAGGAGCGGCCAAAUCGCGACCCAAAGGCUCGUAUCCGUCGCGUCAGCAACGGUUCGGAGCGGCGCCGUUGGCCUCCUUUGAAGACCUGCCGAGUGAUGACCAGCAAAGUCCCGACGACGACGACCCGGACUCGUUGUCCGACAGGUGUUUACCGCCGGGUGUGAAGAAUGUACUCGAUUUAGACAGCAGUCAACUGUUGCUCCAUAAGUCCACUUCGGGAGAGAGUGCGGGACCGGCGCUCAGUCCGACCCUUACGGUCACACCGACCGGCGAUUGCGGCGAAAGGAAAUCCAGUAAUUGCUCGCAGAAUACACUCACUUUAGGUGGGAGCGAUUCGGCGACUCCGGUGCCGGCGGUCAGUAACUCGGCGUCGCUCUCGUCGCUGAAGAAUGAGGGCAAACGACAGGAGGGAUCGCAUAACUCACUACUACUAACAGUUCCCGAUAUGAAUGGCUCAAAGAGUCCGAGCGGUGAUCCGAAACGGAAGAGCUCGUGGACCGAUAUCUUCUUCCCGACGCGAACUCGAAGCAAAUCGACGUCGAGUUCGCCGCGAAAGAGUCCAAACACUGAACGCAAGCGAAGCGUAUUCACCAAAUUUUUUGGCGGCGGACGUAAGGCGUCGUCCAAAGGCUCAGAAUCGCCAGAGAAACAGAGCCGCGAAGCGUCGGCUGUGGAGUCGUUGGACACACCGCGCGUUUCAGUGACCGACACGAGCGAAAACGAACCGCACGAAGAGCUCAUGAUUGGUUCGCCCAUCAAUGAGCCCAAGCCUUCCGAACAGGACAUUAUCGGCAUCUUAGAGGCGGCGAACUCGCAGAUGGAGAGUAUGAUCACAACCCCAGUGGACGACGACAGCAGCCGGUGCUCUAUUCCCGUGCCGUUACCGCCGCUGAAUCUGCGCAAAAAGCUGAGGCGUCGCGAGUCGACGAUCGACGACGACGUCCAGAGUUUGCCAGAAAUAUUGCCGAGCAGUCGGUCCUCACGUCUACUCACCGAAGAAAGUACCGCAACAGCCAAUGAUAGGAAUGAGGAGACAGUUGUCGUUCAGAUCGAGUCCUCUGCCAAAUAUGAAGACAACUCUUCCGAAUCGGAGAUAGGAUUUGACGAAAACAAUAGACUCAAAGUGAAGGCGAAGGGCAGCGCAACCGAUGGCAAGACUAGCAGUGAUGACGACUUUGAGGCCCAGAAUUUGUUAACUCAGGACUCUAUCGAUUACGACGAGAACUCAUUCACCGAUUCGUUUGCCGCGAAUAUGGCUCUCAUGACAAACUCUACCCAAUCGGAGACCAUUCGUUCGCCCACUUAUAAGGAAAGGUUGGAAGUGCUAACCAUUCCCAUAGAGAGGCCAAGGAGUACAACACCGAUCAAUAUCGUGCCGUUAGAGGCUUACAUUAGGUCGUCGUCCAUAUCACCCGAUCCUAACGUCGAGAAGAUAAAGCUCUCACUUCCGGGCGAACAGUUCAGUGCUUCCGCCCGAGCGAAGAGCCCCCGAAAGUCGAAUCCUUCGAUUUGGUUCGAGUUCUGCGAGAAAGGCCUUCAGAGUCCUCAACAGCGGCGCAAACAACGGGCCAACAGUUGUUUCCCGAGUGUUGACGUACAGCCGCACCCUUUCAUUAACGCCAAUGCGUUCGACCCGUUCGCCGUCGCGGCCACCAAUCAGGCCCUAAUGACACCAUCGCCGGGCAAUUUGACACCCGUUACUCCAUUGGAGGGCUUCGGCUUCUCGGACAGCAAGUGGCCCGGUUUUGGUGACAAUUUUGUGAACUUUGACUCAAUUAUGUCGACAAACGGCGGCCCUAUCGACAGCUUUGGCGAUAAGUUUUCGUGUAAAUGCGAGUGCAAUACAAACAUUAGUACAAACAGUGCUGUCGGCGAACAAUUGGUCAGCGCUUCCACCGACACAUCGCUGGCCGACGAGAGUCUUAAUAAGAAUAACAACAAUUCGGUGAACGCCGCGGACCACGAAUAUAUGGAGGACCAGCCGCUGGUCAGUCCGUGUCAUUGUCUUUGCCACAGACGGGCGGACUUUGCCUUAACUUUAUGGAAGAGUUCGUCGUUCAACAAACAGGAAAGCAUUUCAUCCGAUAUAUCAUCCGCUUCUUCACGCCUUAUCGGUUCGAGUUCUUCGAACUCCAAGUGUUCGCCAUCUGAUGACAUACUCGAGUCACUCAACUCUUGAGAGAGUGAGCGGUGACGAUGACCGCCAUCUUCACCAUCACUCCUCCCAAACGGUUCCAAUUCUCACCAUUCACUCAAUCACUACCUCUUCUUCUACUUCACAUGUCUUUGCAUUUUUAUAUUUUAUGUUUACUUUUUACUAAACACUUUCUACCCGUCAAACCAUUUCCAAUACGAAUACCAAUACUUAAUAGUAAUUAUAACUCAAUUAUUAAAUUUUAUUAUUGAAUUAUAAUUAUUACUAUUUAUUUAGUUACUAUUAUUUCUUAAUCCAGUGUUAAAUCUAUUUUAAUUUUAUACUUUAAAUUUAUUUUUAUGAAAUACUUUUCUAGUGUUUUCUCUAUUUUGUUGUUUUGUGUUAAACUUGUUUGAAUAAGUUGUACCAAAAUUGUUGUGUCCAUUACAUUGCCAUCACUUGUGAUCUAUUAAUACAAACCCACGGAUGUGUUGCUCCAGAGAUAUAUUGAUUUAAUGAAACAUAUGAUUGAUUGAAAUCCUGUGCCUCCAAAAGCAAUCAACGCUUAUUUAAGUCUCUCUAUCUAUCACUCACUCACUUCUCUCGUCUAAUACC